AUGCAAGGUCGUGGCCAAGACACAGCCUCGUCUUAUAGCGCUUCACAGACCCACGGUAGACCACACACAAACUCUUCUGCCUUUUCUUCUAUACCAACCCCCAUUACCUCAUCGAUCGACAAUCCCGAUCUUAAUCCCGAGCAAUCAAAACAACAUCAACAACAUGGCCCUGAAUCUACUACUACUACUGCUGCUGCCGCCACUGAGUCCCAAAACCCAGCCAAUACAGUCCAGGAUAAUAAUCCUCCUGACCAACCCAGAACUCAACAAGUCAAUUUACAAGUCAUGCAUAAAACAGCCGUAAAAAACUAUCAAGUAUUUCCAGGAAACAUCAAGUUCUUUUGUGGUGGUCGGUUUAUAACGAGCAAAGCAUACUGGGCUUUUGGCGUUUCUAUCGGUGUUUUGCUUAUUCCAGCUAUUCUAUGCCCAUGGUAUUGGACACACUUGUCUCCAGCAAUUCCAAUUAUAUUUGCCUAUACGUUUAUACUUACAUUUUCUUCAAUGAUGAGGACUGCUUGGGUUGACCCUGGAAUUAUCCCUCGAAAUCUCAACAAGAUGCCACCCAUUGCCAGCUCAAUUAAUGAAAAUUCUGGUAUCCUUCCCGAUCCUUUACAGUUUAUGACACCACCAAUUAAAAAUGUAAUGAUAAAAGGCAAGCAAGUAGAACUCAACUAUUGCGAGACCUGCUUAAUCUACAGACCUCCACGUUCAAGCCAUUGCCGAGACUGUGACAAUUGUGUUGAGCUUUACGAUCAUCAUUGUAUCUGGCUCAACAAUUGUAUUGGAAAAAGAAACUAUCGUACAUUUUUUGUAUUCAUUGUAACAGGAACAUUUCUUUCUGUCUUUGUCUUUGCAUUUUCACUUGCGCACCUUAUGCUUCUGUACUUUAAUGACCCUGAACAACGGGAAUUUAAGACCAUUGCCAAUAAUGCUCCUGUCAGUUUGCUCCUUACUGUUUUCUCAUUUUUGUUUAUAUUUCCUAUUGGCUAUCUUACCGCAUUUCAUUGUUAUAUCGUUUGCGCAGGAGUAACCACCCACGAAAAGUUGAAAAUUGACGGAAGACCAUUUCCGAAUGAUAAGCCCAUGUUUGAUUUUGGAAGUUCGUUUUGCAACUUUAUCCAUUCUGUCUGUCAGCCAAGGUCAAAGAGUUACAUUGCCAGACGAAAGUUUGUUACACACCCGCUUCCUCUCCAAACUAUAAUCAUGACAACAGAUUCAGCUGGCAAUAGAUACAGUACCAUUCAGCGCAACACUUUAAUGUCCCAGACUCCUUUGAACACAUAG